GGAGAAGGCACUUUCCACUUUUACGAGGGCGGUUAUCGCAUCCCAACCCAGGUCGAAGGCGAGCCUGUCAAUCCCGCCUGGGGACUCACCAAGGCUAACAAGCCACGCAAGCGCCUGGCCAUGGCAUGCUUGGAUUGUCGGGAGAAGAAAAUCAAGUGUGAGCCUGGCGCGAAUAGCUGCUUGCAAUGCGAGAAGGCGAAGCGUCCGUGUCGGAACACACCACCGAUAUGGCCAAGCAACGCAACCUCACCCAUCCGAGAACGAAUCUCGGAUCCAACACCUUCAUUUGGCCAUGAGCCAGAUGCCGAAGCCAUGCACAAGCGGCGAAACUUGGAGGACCACUCCCCUCCCGGCACUGCAGCAAAGAAGCACCGAUCUGCUUCACCAAAUGACAGCAAAGCUCUCUCGUGGGAUGAGGAUCCAUACUCUGUGGACCCACAACUGACCUUACAACUACUCGAGCACUUCUUUCAGGAUGUUAAUGACGCCACCUACAAUAUGUUCCCCAGGCAUCACUUCAUGCAUUGGGUCAGAACAUGUCCGCAGAAGUGCCAGAACGAAAGACUGGUCUUGUACGCCAUGCUCGCGAUGGCUUCCAUCUUUGCUGAUGAUGCCUACUCUGCUUUCGGCAGGCAGUGUGCCAACAUCACGGCGGAAGCACUACACUCAAGACAUGGACGCUUUAGCAUGCCAGUCGUGCAAGCACGAUUGCUUCUUGGCCUGUAUCAUUUUGCCCGGGGUGCUAACGACUUGACUUGGGAUUACAUUGGGGCAGGGAUGAACGCCUCAAACUUUCUUCGAUACCACACCGAACAAGGUUGCGUUGACGACGAGCCGCAAAUCGAGAGAGCGCGGAAUGAGUUUGCAUUCUCGAAAGAGCAGUUGAUUGAAUGCAAGCGACGAACUUUCUGGUCGGGCUUCCUGAUGGACAAGUACUGCGGUGGACGCUCAACGGUGGUCACUUCUCAAGACAUCUUCCUUCGAAUCCCGUGCUUGGACGAUCAAUUCGAGCGUGGGCUCAAGUCUGAGGCCCCUUACUACAACAAUGGCAUCAUCGAUCCCGUGCACACCAUCCUCACCGCCUCCAGUCCUGUGUCGCCGAUCUCGUGGCUGAUACUGGUAUCCGCCAUUUGGGGAGAUGUGGUUGACUUCAUGUACCGCGCGGUCCACCGAUCUCCGCUUGUUUACGAAGAGGAGUACGAAACGUUCUACGAGCGAACUCGCAACGCUCUCCAAGGCUGGUCCUCACGACUGCCGGAUCAAUUGCACUUUUCCCAGGCCAACGUGGAACGCAGCAUCAAGGGCGGCUACGCAGGACCAUACAUCUCUAUGCACAUUUUGUAUCAUCUGUCGUUGGUGAAGAUGAAUCGAUUUGUACGCCAUGCGCUGGUACCAAAGUCGAUUACAAGAAAUAUCCGGGCUACCACGCGGCACUCACAUGAGCUGCUGCAGGUCAUGAGCACGUUACGAGCAGCCAAAUGGGACAUGGCCGAGAAAGACGGCCACAUCGCAUCGUUUUCCUUCACCACACCCUUCGCUGGCUACGCCAUCCUGGCUGCAAUCGAUGUCGUCGGAGCCGGCGGUCUAGACUCCAACCUGAAGGCUACUCUGGACCUCAUCAGCUGCGGACUCGAAUGCCUACGCGAGCUUGCGAGAUACUGGAACAGUGCGCGUGACCAGGACAAGGCAUGCGAGACGCGCUACUACCAAAUUCAUAAUGUUUUGAAACACCCGUUCACCGCUCGCAGCGGCUGCUGGCUGGGCCGCGAGUGGGGUGUGCAUUCUUCCCUAGAGCGGGAAUUCGACGCCGAAAACGACUGCAUUUACGGCGCUGAA